UGCUGUACCGGAAACCGCUGGAAAAAGCGCUCCUGACUGCAGCCGGGGUUUUGUACUGUACAGAUCCCCAAUUUGUAUAAUUUUUUAGUGCCGUAAAGCGAUGGAGGCGGAUUUACUGGACACGUUGGAGGUCUUGGGGUACCAAGGACCCUUAUUGGAUGAGAACGCUCUGGGUCCAGCAUUAGAAGGUGGUUUGUCGUCUCCUGAGUAUUUUCAGGUCUUAAAAUGGCUUACAUCUCAGAUUAAAUUAUUAGAUAAUUUAGAAGAAAGUGUAAGUUCUGAAGGUGGCGAUGUAGAAAGUGUUCUGCUGGAAAUAAGUGGUUUCUUGAAGGAGCUCUCCUGCCCUUAUCCUGUUUUGGUAACUGGAGACUUUAAGGAUAGAUUAAAGACAAAGGAAGACUGUGUGAAACUACUGUUGUUUUUAGGUUCAGAGCUUCAGGCCUUGCAAAUUUUACAAAACCACAAGCAGAAAGACUCGGAUCCUGGUGGUGAAGUGUGUAAAGAAGUCAGAACGAUCUGUGCAGCUCUUCGACUUCCUGAACAGUCAUCUUCAAAUAUUGUGUCUAUGUUAAAGAGUGUGGAGGAAAAGAUUUCUGAACUCUUACCAAAAGCUAAGGCUGCCUGCAUUGACCAGGCACUGCUCAAUGUGGAUCUGAAUGUACAACAGCUGGAUCGUCUGGAGAAAAUAAAUGAAGCUCUCUGUAAAGAAUAUGAGUGUCGGCGCAGAAUGUUAAUAAAACGUUUGGAUGUCACUGUGCAGUCGUUUGGUUGGUCCGACAGAGCUAAGGCAAAAACUGAUGAAAUUGCAAAAGUUUACCAACCAAUCCGUUACUCACUGUCUCCAAAAUCUGGAAUCACUUUGCCACAUCUCCUGGCUGCCAGACAGGAUCUCUCCAGGAUAGUGCGUACCAGCAGCGGGUCAGUUCGGGAGAAGAUGGUUUGUCCUGUCAAUAAGGUUCUGAUGGGCAGGGUCCCAGAUCGAGGAGGAAGGCCUUCAGAGAUCGAGCCCCCACCUCCUGAAAUGCCACCAUGGCAGAAAAGACAGGACGAUGGAAGAGGAGGCUGGAGAGGAGGUGGACGAGGUGGAGGUGGUUAUGGAAGAGGAGGGUAUAAUCAAGGUCCAAGGGAUUUCAAUAGAGGUGGACGAGGAGGCUACCAAGGCCGAGGAGGAUAUGGAGAUGGAGGCUAUGGAGGAAGAGGGAAUUAUAGGAGAUAUUAAUUGAACAUGUUUUAUACCUGUAGAAAUGCUGGAAAAACAACCUCUGUACCUGUAAAAACAUUUCAAUGAACUACUAAUGGAGCAGCUCAUGUUUCUCAUUUUUGCUACUCAGCUUAUUAAUUUUUCUAUGUUGGUAACCUAAGCGAUCACAGAAACUAACUUCAAGUUGACUCCUAUGUGGCAAACAGAACAUUUGUGACCUACAGUUUCAUGCUAAGCACAGCCUCUAUAGUUCUGAUAAUACAUUAAAUGCCAUUCCUGUUUAUGGUCAGUCUCUGCGGAGACUUGCAAUAACUUUUAUAUAUUUUAAAUGUCUGAAUUAAUACGUUUGUAGUAACAUCUGCACCAUGAAGGUUUUAGAAUGCAGAGCACUCAUAAGCCAGUAUUGUUUGUAGUGAGGAGAGCUGCUUGGCGCUAUUAUUCCUGGACAAUCCAUGAUAACACAUUGUAAUGCAUUAUUAAAGGGACAUAGUAAUCUUUCAUCAGGUAGUAUUUCAGGUUACUGCAGGUACUGUAAAAUUUCUUGAAUUUGGCUUCCAGUAAAUCCAUAAAAUCUGAUAAUCUAGAUCUUGUUUUAAGCACAGGAGUGAAUAUAAUGUGGGAUAUCAUAACCAGUUAUGGAACUCUUCUUAUGAGGAAAUAGUAAUAGAAUAAUUUGUCACUAUUUUGAUAUUGGUAGUCUUUCCCUCUUAGCGAGUCUUAUUUAUUUUUUUAUUUGAUAAUUCAGAAUAUUUGAUCUGAUGCCUAUCAAUUUUACUGUGGUGAUGUCCCGUCACCAGCAUCCUUUCCUGAGAGUAUGUAACAAUAAUAAAAGAUACACUUGA